UCAAACCCAGUAGAAGAUUCGAUUCGCGUUCAUAAGCUCGGUUCAGUUCAGUGUUCAUCAUGUCCGCCUUGGAGGCUUGGUACAUGGACGAGUCAAUUGAAGAUCCGAGACUGCCUCAUAAAUUACACCCCAAUCAGCCAGUGAGUCUGCAGGAGCUCCGGGACAUCGGGGUUUGUUACUGGAAGUUAAAUGCUGAUAUCUAUGAAAACGACCCCGAGUUGCAGAAGAUCCGAGAAGAACAAGGUUACUCCUACAUGGACAUCAUCGACGUUCACCCAGAUAAACUGCCCAACUAUGAGGAUAAAUUAAAAAUGUUCUAUGAGGAACACCUGCACCUCGACGACGAGAUCCGGUACAUCCUGGAUGGAAGAGCGUACUUUGACGUCCGAGACAAGAACGACCGUUGGAUACGAAUCGCUAUGACAAAGGGAGACAUGAUCACGCUUCCAGCAGGAAUUUAUCAUAGAUUCACUAUGGAUGAGACGAAUUCCACCAAAGCCAUGAGGCUGUUUGUAGGUGAGCCGGUGUGGAAGGCCUACAACCGACCUGCUGAUCACUUUGAUAUUCGCAAGCAGUACGUCGCUUCACUGAAAUGCUCUUGAGCAAGAUCCGAGUUUAACAGUUCUCAAUUGUGUCCGUUUUAUCUUUUUCUGACGUGAAAUAACUCUAAGUAAAAAAGUAGGAAAAAACAAUUUCUAACAUUAUAACAAAAAUAAUUAUUUAAGGAUUUUUAGAGGUUGCCGAAAUAUUGUAGCAAAACAAUACAGAAAUACAUUUUUGGCUUCUUAUCAAUCCUGAUGCUGUUUCACCUCUACAAAAGUGCCUUGAUUUUUAUUUUUUAAAUUAUUAUAAUAAAAUAAAAAUCUGAGUUGAUUAUAGAUCAUUGAGUUUAUUAAUCUAAUUAGCACAAUUAAUCAGAAACAAAAUAUUACAACACUAAAGUGUAGAAGCAACUGCUGUCUGCUUGCUCAUGUAAUGUUCAGAUCUGAUUAUUGUGAUUAAAACUGCAGAGCGUUGUCUCACUAUUGUGUUAUUCUGGCAUAGAUCACAGAGCAGCUCAUUGGGUAAUGACUGCUGUUUUAUACACAGGUGUUCAUGGAGGUUACUUUACAUCCCAACACAGCACACACAUGCAUUCUGUGCUAGAGUGCUUCCAAAUCAGCUAGGCUUUAUUUAGAUUUGUGUAAGAAAUGUACAGUACGGUGCAGUCGUGUGACACGCAGUACAAACAAUACACACACACUUUUAUAUAUUCUAUGUUAAGACUGCGAGCAAAUUCAAAAAAAGGCUUUCCUGGAAGUUUCACAGAAGAAUUACAGUGCAAACAUCAUCUUAAUAUGAACUAAAUAAAUACAGUAAAAUUUA